GCUCCUGUGAAUAACCACCGAAGAAGAAGCGGCUUGUUUGGAAAAUGGCGGGUCCUUUGACAGAGAAACAGCUCCCUCGUCAUGUUUAUGAGUUACUUCAGGUUUUGUCCUGUCCGAUGGUACAGGAUUUGUACCUGAAGGAAACCGACAGCAUGCUGCAGGUCCUCUGCUCUCCCUCCGAGCUCCGCACCGACAUCCUGGCCUGGAUCUGCAGCAGAAUCAGCCCGAGCUUUGAGGCAAUGUUGCCGAAGUUAGAAGAUCCAGACGUUUUGACCAAAGAAAUGGCUGCUCUUGGGCACGAGCUGACGCUUUGCAAAGCAGACGACCUGGGCCUGAUUAGGGGCGACGCGUCUCCGCAGAGGCAGCUGGGGUUCCUGCAGCAGCUGCUGACUUUAGUCCCACACAAACGGCACACGAACGAGGGAGAGCUGCUGCUCAGCGAGCUGUUUGCUGCCGACAGCCUGCCUCAUCUCUCACAAAUGCUCAGACCCUCGCUGGACCCCUGGCCGGCCCAGAUAAAGCUUUUAUGCAAAGGCACCAGGACGUCUCCGAGGCCAGAAGAGGAGGCUGACAGCCUCGCUUCCCUUUUAGAGUCGACUCAGUCUGAGCUGGAGCUGCUGAAGUCAAAGUGUGACUUUCUGGGCGUUGAGGACAGAAGCCCCGCCCCCUUCUCCCCCGGCUCCCUGCGCCUGGCGGCCGGCGACCUGCAGCAGCUAAUGAAAACCUUCUGCCGGGUGUUCCAGAGCGAGCUGCGGCCGUUCUGCAGCCGCCCGCCGCCGCCGCUCAGCCCCGCCGCCGCCAUCUUCCACAGGCUCCACGGGUCCCUGCUGGCCUGCACCACGGAGCUGGAAAUGCUGAAGGAACUGUCCGAAACCUCGUCAUCCGUGAGUCUGGAGGCCGGGCAGCUGCAGACAGAACCGCGAUACUGGAGCCGCGGGGAGAAGCAAACGCUGCCCAAUCAGCUAGAGGAAAUCUCCAAGCGAAUGGACACCCUUCUGUCCCAGUUCCAGUCCUGACCGGAUCAGACCUGCUGCAGAACCCCAAAAGCCUUCAGGAAAGAUGUCCGACCAUCCCAGGAUCUGUUUGUCCAGAAGUGUCUUACUUAUCCUGUUUUUUAACUCUGAACUAGUGGAAAAAACCCAUCGAAUAACUUAUUUUUUGCCCACAAUUUUAAAUGUUGUAAAUGUAAGCAGUAAAUAAAUACUCAACACUUCUGAUGCUGUCAGAUGUUUCUCUCAUUUACUUUAUCAUCAGUUUGGAGAUGUAUUCUUCAUCAUAAACAGCAGGGGGGUCAAACUCCAAAACACAGGGGGCCAAAAUUUAACACCUUAACA